UAAUAUGGGCCGUGAGAAGAUAUGAACAAGGCUGAUUUAACAACCAAUCACAGCAAAGUUAACGUGGCAAAAUAUGAUUCGCAGAUAUAGAACUCUAUUUGUCAAGGAAUCCCGAAACAACCAAUCAGAAGCCUGCGUUUGUCUGCCUAACUUCUGAUAAACAACCAAUCAGAUGACUGCGCUUGUCUAUAAUAAUGUAUGUGAAAUAUGUAUAAAUACGUGUUGAUUUUCAUAAUAAAACGAUCUGUUGCCUGGCCCUUGUCUUCUGUUGUUACAUUUGGUGUCGCUGCCUACCGGCAAAUGGAAAGCCUAUGCCCUGCUGUUUUUGAUGGAGACAUAUGGAUCUUCGGCAGGACUUCAAGGCUUCUGCGCAGUUGAGUGGCGUUCAAGAUCUGUCAGCGAUGGAGCUGCUACUUGGGACGCUGCUGGGAGGUCGGGCGAAAGCAGCAUAUGAAAGUGUGAGCCGAAAUACCGAUGAAUGUUCGACAGGGUCAGGCAAACGGUUUCCAAAGUGGGAAGGACCGUACACAAUUACAAAAAGACGGGGUCAAGUAUAUACCAUCCGAAGAGGUGAUAAACAGAAACGAGUUAACGCCAGUCAGCUCCAAAGAUGGGUACAGUGGGACAAGCCUAUCAGUAACAAUCCUCAACUAGGGGAUGUAGCACCCAGAAGGUCGGAACGUCUGCGCACAAAGCUAUUUGACGUGGGGACGAGUGUGGUGAGAGCAGGCUGCUAGCCAAUUGGUUGACACUAAUCUACGUUA